GGUCGGUGUCGUUCGCUCGGUGUGGGUCGCUCGGUGUCGCUCGGCGGCGGGGCAGGAUGACGGCGAACGGGACGGCGGAGCCGGUGCAGAUCCAAUUCGGGCUGAUCAACUGCAGCAACCGGUACCUGACGGCGGAGGCGUUCGGGUUCAAGGUGAACGCCUCGGCCGCCAGCAUGAAGAAGAAGCAGAUCUGGACGCUGGAGCAGGACGGGGAGGACUCCAGCGCCGUCCUGCUCAAGAGCCACCUGGGCCGAUACCURGCGGCCGACAAGGACGGGAAGGUGAGCUGCGACAGCGAGGAGCCGGGGCCCGACUGCCGGUUCCUGGUGCUGGCCCACGGCGACGGGCGGUGGUCGCUGCAGUCCGAGCCCCACCGCCGCUUCUUCGGCGGCACCGAGGACCGCCUCUCCUGCUUCGCCCCCGCCGUCUCYGCGGCCGAGAAGUGGAGCGUCCACCUGGCCAUGCACCCCCAGGCCAACCUYUACAGCCUGGCCCGCAAGCGCUACGCGCACCUGGGGCCGCGCCGCGACGAGCUGGCCGUGGACCGGGACGUGCCGUGGGGCGUGGAUGCGCUCAUCACCCUCCUGUUCGUGGAGCAGCGCUACAGCCUGCAGAGCUGCGACCACCGCCUGCUCCGCAGCGACGGCCGCCUGGUGCCCGCCGCCGAGCCCGGCACCGCCUUCACGCUGGAAUUCCGCUGCGGGAAGGUGGCCUUUCGCGACGGGGAGGGCCGCUACCUGGCGCCCUCGGGGCCCAGCGGCACCCUCAAGGCGGGCAAGAGCGCCAAGGUGGGCAAGGACGAGCUCUUCGCCCUGGAGCAGAGCUGCCCGCAGGUCGUGCUGCGAGCCGGCAACGAUAGGAAUGUCUCCACCCGGCAAGGGAUGGACCUCUCRGCCAACCAGGACGAGGAGGGUGACCAGGAGACCUACCAGCURGAGAUCAACAAGGACACCAAGAAAUGCGCCUUCCGCACCUACACCGGGAAAUACUGGACCCUCACCUCCAACGGRGGCAUCCAAUCCACCGCCUCCACAAAGAACGCGAGCUGCUACUUCGACAUCGAGUGGUGUGACAAACGCAUCACCCUGAAAGCUGCCAAUGGCAAAUACGUGACAGCGAAGAAGAAYGGGCAGCUGGCAGCCUCCAUGGAGACAGCRGGUAAGGGACCCUUGGGGACCCACACUGGGGUAGCAGGGGAUGAAAAACCCCCCAGAGCCAGCCCCUGUCCCCUCGGCGCAGGUGACACCGAGCAUUUCGUGAUGAAGCUGAUCAACAGGCCCAUCAUCGUCCUGCGCGGCGAGCACGGCUUCAUCGGCUGCCGCAAGGUCACCGGCACCCUGGACUCCAACCGCUCCUCCUACGAUGUCUUCCAGCUGGAGUUCAACGACGGCGCCUACAACAUCAAGGAUACCACUGGGAAGUACUGGAUGGUGGGGAACGAGUCGUCCGUCACCAGCAGCAGCGACACCCCCGUGGACUUCUUUUUUGAGUUCUGCGACUAUAACAAAGUGGCCAUCAAAAUCAACGGCAAAUACCUGAAGGGCGACCACGCCGGGGUGCUCAAGGCAUCGGCCGACACCAUCGACGCCUCCACCCUCUGGGAAUAUUAAUGCACUUUAGGGUACCUCCCGUUGCCAACUUCUCUUUCCCUUCCUGUCCUCUUUUCCCUCGGGUUCUGUUUCUCCUCUCUGUAACAGGAUUUUCAGACUGGCUUGCCCUUCCCUCCUGCCGUAGAGUUGGUGCGUUCUGUGGGAGGUGGGUCUCCGUAAAUCCCUGUAAGAACUGGAAAAGUGGUGGGGCUGCCCACCUACCUAUAGCUUUGUAGAGGGGUCUGUCUCUAUCCCCCCAUCCCUGCCUCCCUCCAGGUUUGCUGGGCUUGGAAACAGCCGUAUCCCCCUCCYGGCCCCGAGCAUCACCUUAGGUAGUUUAUUUUCCUCUCCUCGAUUUAAAAAAGGGAAUAAGAUCACCUCUGUGCUCGCUUCUGCCAUAUCAGCACUGGCACAGCCCCACUGCACUGCCAGUGUCCCCCGGAGCAUCCGUCCCGUCCCUCCCUGCUCCAGCCAGGGGCAGAGSGAAGGUGCUGGGCUCAGCCAGCUCCUCCUGGCUCACCCCAGCAGCUUCUCUCCCCUCCUGGAUUUUGGGGCAGGGUCAUCCCCAGCUGAGCUGUAAGAGGUGACCUUACAUAUCACAGCAUCCCUGGGGAAGGGGCUGGUGUGUGCCAGCACGUGUCCCCACGGAAGGGCUGACAAGCUGCCCCUCCCCAAACACCUGGAAAUGAUUCUUUAGGGUGAUCCUGUCUGGAAAGACUCAGCCUUUCAUCUCAUGGAGCCCCGUGCUCCUUCUGUCCCUCCACCCCUCCUUGUGCUUCUGCCUCUGGAGGAGCAUCCCAGACCCUGCUGGUGGGUCCAGCCUGCCCCAAGGCCUGGAGGGGAGGGCACGGGGGGACACAGAGCCAGCCCGUGCCAGGGUGGGGGCUUCACCCAGCCCAUCUCCGGUGGGCUUYGGUCCCGGCAGGAGCCGGGCUGGCCAACGUGACGUCCCUGGGGCGGUGGCUGGAAGCAUAAACUGCAGAUUUUGGUUUACAGAAUAGAAAAGUUCCUUAGCAAACUUUGCACAGUGAUAUUUGCUCAGUACCUUUGUUGUUGUUUUUUUCUCUCUCUCGUAAAAUACUGGAACAGUGAAGCGAAUCACUGAACACCUAAUGCUGAAUUAGGAAGUGCCCACUCCCGUGGGCACCCCGAGGGGGCAGCUCCCGGUCCCACCCACCCCCAGGGCACCUGGGCUGGGCUCUCAUGAAUAGCAACCCUACUGGAAAAGGAAAAGAGAAAAAAAAAAAAAAAAGACCAAAACAGUAUUUUUGUUAGUCUCUAUUUAUAUAUGCUCUCCAUGGCACUGUGUGACCAGCUGUUGUCUGUACUAGGUCUGCAUUAGAGUUUAACGCUGUCUGUAACGGGUGAUGCUGCGUGUUCCUUAGGGUGUUGAAAGGCACUUUAUCCUUUGGGGCCUUCCCAGGGCCGGUAUCUGCUCCCUACAAACACACCAAGGAGCCUUUUCCCGCGUGGGCCCCCUCUGGAGAGGGGGGAGCUGGUCCCACCCCACGCCAAGGGUGCUCUUGGCAUCGCUGCCGUGCCAAACCAGGGCCGGUCCCUACUGCCCAAGGCCAGGCAGGGGCUCGUCAGCCUUAAAGSCCCCAGGAGGGACUCCCCUCCCCAGGAGCUUGGUGCUAAACUCAGCCGGGAGAGCGAGGGAUCAUCCCCAGGCAGGGGAUGGCCCCGGGCCGGGGUCCCUGGUGGGCGCAGGGGAUCCCRGCUGGGACUCUACCUCGGCUCUGCGCUCACACCCAGGGCUGCCCGCGCCCCCCCUGAAGGACCGAGUGUCUCAGAGCCCUGUGUGACCCCAUAACUCGACACACACCUCGCUGGCCUUCACCCCCUCCCCGUGUCUCCUCCUCCCCAUCCCCGUUGCAGUCCGAACCCCGUAAAUCCYGCUCCGGCUUCUCCCGUGUGACACUAGGUCAACAUCUCUCCUGUUUCCUCUUAUCGGGUGUCGUGACUCUCUGAAAACAUCUCACUCUGAAAAAUUUAAGUUUUGGGUUUGUUCGUUUUGGUUUCUUUUUUUUUUUUAAUUAUUAUUAUUUUUUUGUAAGUGCCAUUUGUAUAACUUAAAAAAAAUAGCUUCAAAUGGAGAAAGAUGAAUUAAAAAAUAAAACCU